AUGGGGGAAUUGACAUCUGCUGAGCGAAUUGAAUAUACAGAUGCCGUGCUUUGUAUGCAGAAGCAGCCCCAGCAGCUCCCGAGAGAGGAGUUCCCCGGUGUUCGGAACCGUUUUGAUGAUUUUGUGGCUACUCAUAUUAACUACACACUUAACAUCCAUUAUAGCGGUCUGUUUCUGCCAUGGCACCGACACUUCCUCUGGCUCUGGGAGACAGCUCUCCAAGAUGAAUGCGGAUACAAUGGCCAACUUCCCUACUGGAACUGGCCCUACUGGGCCAACAACCUCGCCGCCAGUCCCCUCUUUGACUGCAGCGCAAGCUCCCUCUCCGGCGACGGCGAAUACAACCCGGAAGAACAAAGCAUCCAAGGCGGCAGCUUAACCCUACCAAGGGGAAGCGGCGGCGGCUGUGUCCGCUGCGGACCAUUCAAAGACAUGGAACUCCACCUAGGACCCUUUUCACGGCAGGCUCUUACCUCGUUCACCGAAAUCCCAGCACCAGCCUUCGACUACAACCCCCACUGCUUCAACCGAAGUCUAAACAACUUCGUCAGCACAAACUACAACAACGAAACUAUUGUCGACAGACUCCUCGCCUCGACCGAUAUCAUCGACUUCCAAACUGUCAUGAACCACUGGCCCCCUAACGCUGAGGGAGUCCUGGGCGUCCACGGCGGCGGCCAUUUCAGUAUCGGCGUGACGUUGCAGGAUUUGUUUGCUUCGCCGCAGGAUCCGGCUUUCAUGUUGCAUCAUGGUAUGAUUGACCGGUUGUGGGGUCAGUGGCAGGCUCGGGAUGAACGGCAUCGCAGGUUCGCACUUAAUGGCACUAGUACUAUCCUCGACCCGCCCGGUGGGAUUCCUGUUACGUUGGAUACGGAGAUGCAGUUCGGGGUUCUUGAUCGGCCGCGCUCGAUUCGUGAUUCUAUGGAUCCGACGAGGGGAGGUUAUUGUUAUUCGUAUACUUGA